CUAAACGAUCACACACUCGAUAAAAACCUUCCCGCUUGCGAAUUUAAGUUAAGUACCAACCAGCUCCCACCUUCCGCCAGUGCCGGGGUUCUUGAGACCCUCCCGCUAGAAUUAAUUCAAAUAGUACUAAGUCUGCUUGAUUUAUAUAGUAUUUCGAGGGUUCAGCAAGUCAACCGAAGAACCUCGGAGCUGGUGAGCUCCCUCCCCCACUACAGAGCUCUUGUACAACACGCACAAAAUGCGCUCCAAGGUAUAUCUGCUAUCAGCACAGGUAGCUCGAUCACUCUUGCAAAGCUCUAUGAGAAAAUCUGUACAGCUGAAUGCGAAGACUGUGGUGACUUUGGUGGCUACCUUUACUUGAUUACUUGCAAACGCGUUUGCUUCCUAUGCUUCUCGAAAAAGGAGGCCUACAUGCCGUUGUCCCCGGUGCAAGCAUGUCGGAAAUUUGGAAUUAGUCAUAAGAUGUUGUCUGGAGUACCUCGAAUGGUAACACGAGCUGGAACAUAUUCAUUUGACGGGAAGAAGGUCAAAGGUGGGUUAACUUUGAUUGACCACCGGUCUGCUCGUGAAAUUGGAAUCCGGUUCCACGGUUCAUUGAGGGCGAUGGUUGAGUAUGCCGCAGUCCGAGACACACAGAAAUACCAUAAAUAUUUGAGACGUGUGGAAGAGGAUAGAAUAUACAGACGUACUGGCCAAUGCAGACGACGAGCCCCUAUUUCUGACCCAUUUGACGCACAGUCAGGGAAUCCGCUGCGGUUUGUGUCGAUUGUCCGAGUGCCUUGGUUAAAUAAGAUCUUGCGGGAUGUUGAAUGGAGGGUUCACUGC